AUGAGUACACCGCAAGAAAACGCAGAAGAUGUUCGAUUUAUUGACAUUUUGGCCCAUCUCCCCUAUGCCUGCUCCUCCGUUGAGAGAUUGGUAGGCGGAAGCGUGAAUUGCAUCUGCAGGGGAUCGUUGGUCGACCCGUUGCCAGAUGGAAGCCGGAGUGUCAUUAUUAGACAAUGUUCAGAUGUCACUCGAUCUACAGCCGAGCUGGCAUUCCUGCAGAUGGCCAAAGAUACUGGCGCCUUUAAGCCUAUCUUGGAGAAUGGCGUCUCAAUAAAACCCGUGCAUCUAUAUCAUUUCAUUCCCGAGUUACAAAUACAACUCGUCGAGGACAAAAUCGAGAGUCAGUUGUUGAAGUCAUUUCUUCUGUCACCUCCUCCUGGGCCCAUUAUCCAAGACCAAAUCAUGUCCAUUGGCGAAGCGAUCGGGCAAUGGCUUGCUUGUUUCCAUAAUUGGGGCAGGAGUUUGAUUGAAGAACAAAUUUUGAAGACAUUUCAGCACAAUGAAGACCUUCACUGCAAGACACCCAGUCCUUUAUACGAAGCGGUUGCCAAUCAGUGCGAGGAUAAAAUCCUGCGGCAAGCAGUCCUCGCGGCUCUCAUCAAGAAGGACCAAAGAGUGCAGGGUGUGAUUCAUGGGGACUUUUCCUCGCGAAAGUAUGCUUUGUCUUUCCAUGUUCAUGACAAUAUGCUAACAGAGAUGAACAGUAUUCUCAUUCAAUACUCAUCUUUGCCAAUUGGCACAGAGCUUACCGUUAUUGAUUGGGAGACUAUUACGUAUGAAAACCAGCUCCACGACUUUGCCAAUAUGAUGGCAGUCACCUACAUUCAACACCAUUUUAGCGGUGCUGGCUCCUUCAUUUCAUUGACUCAAGGAUUUGUACGGGGGUACCGAGAUCUGGACGCGGAAUUGUUCGCUGAAGCUUUGAUUCUCAUUGGGGUCUGGAUGCUUUUCUUUAGGCAAAUCAUGGCGGGACCUGGAUUAUCUGAAACGCCCCGGAUAGAUCCAAAGGGCAAACUGAAGGGCUUAGCAAUCGAUCUUAUAUCGAAGGGAGCGAACGGAAAUGUUGGUUCGACCGAAGGCGACCUCUUACAAUUUUUUAACUAG